CGGUGCAGUGAGCACAGACAGGCUCCUCCUCUCAAGGAGGAGGUCUCACUCUGACUCAGACUCUGAGUCCAGCAGGAAAACUUUUCUCCGCUUAGCUCUGGACCGGUUCUGUUCUGUUCUGCGCCAUCAUGUCCGGGGUUGCCUCCACUCUGGCCAAGAAGCGGGCUCUUGCCGCCGGGUUCGGCACCAACUCAAACGCGGUUCAGUACUUGAACCAGAACUUUGAGGGCCUACGCGCUCAGUGCCGCUCCUCCGGACAACUGUUCUGCGACCCCACCUUCCCGGCCGAACCACAAUCUCUGGGCUUCAAGGAAUUGGGUCGGAACUCUGCCAAGAUCCGCGGAGUCAUUUGGAAGAGACCGACGGAGCUGGUCUCAAACCCGGAGUUUAUCGUGGGCGGAGCCACCAGAACCGACAUCUGUCAGGGAGCACUGGGUGACUGCUGGCUGUUAGCCGCCAUCGCCUCUCUGACCAUGAACGAGUACGUGAUGGCUCGAGUCGUUCCCACAAACCAGGGAUUUGGAGAUGACUAUGCAGGAAUCUUCCAUUUCCAGUUCUGGCAGUUUGGAGAGUGGGUGGACGUGGUGAUUGACGACCGCCUGCCUGUUAAAGACGGACAACUGCUGUUUGUCCACUCAGCAGAAGGCCGGGAAUUCUGGAGUGCCCUUCUGGAGAAAGCCUACGCCAAGGUGAAUGGAUGCUAUGAAGCACUGUCUGGUGGUUCUACCACUGAGGGCUUCGAGGAUUUCACUGGAGGCAUUGCAGAGAACUACGACCUCAACCAGCCACCAUCAAACCUGUUCCAGAUUAUCAAAAAGGCUCUGGAGGCUGGAGCUCUGCUAGGCUGCUCCAUCGACAUCACCAGUGCUGCAGACUCUGAGGCUGUGACCCGUCAGAAGCUGGUGAAAGGCCAUGCCUACUCACUGACGGGUGCUGUGGAGGUGAACUACCGUGGGCGCCAGGAGAAGCUAGUGAGGAUGAGGAACCCCUGGGGUCAGGUGGAGUGGACUGGAGCUUGGAGCGAUGGGUCAUCUGAGUGGAGCAACGUUCAGGGCGAGUGUCCUCACGCCAACGCAGAGGAUGGAGAGUUCUGGAUGUCCUUCAACGACUUCCUGCGGCACUACUCCCGUAUAGAGGUGUGCACUCUGACCCCUGAUACAAUUGAAGACGAAUCUGUCAAACACUGGAGCAUGAGCAAGUUCGACGGCACCUGGAGGAGAGGGUCCACGGCCGGAGGCUGCAGGAACCACCCCUACACAUUCUGGAUGAACCCUCAAUUUGUGAUCAAGCUGGAUGAGGAAGAUGAUGACCCUGAUGAUGGUGAAGUGGGCUGCAGCUUUGUGGUUGGUCUGAUCCAGAAGAACCGCAGGAAGCUGCGCACCCAGGGCGAGGACAUGCAUACCAUUGGUUUUGCCAUCUACGAGGUUCCACAGCAGUUCCGGGGACAGAGGGACGUCCACCUGGAUAAAAACUUCUUCUUGACCCAUGCUCAGACGGCGAAGUCGGAAACCUUCAUCAACCUGCGGGAGGUGAGCUCCCGCUUCAAACUGCCACCUGGAGAGUACCUGAUUGUCCCAUCCACCUUCGAUCCAAAUCUGAAUGGGGAUUUCUGCAUCCGAGUCUUCUCCGAGAAGCAGACAGAGACCUUGCCCUGUGACGACCCGGUCAGCGCAGAGCUCAGUGACGAGGUGGUUUCAGAUGAAGAUGUGGAUUCAGGGUUCAGGAACCUGUUCUCUAAACUUGCUGGAGCUGACAUGGAGAUCUCUGCAUACGAGCUGAGGACCAUCAUGAACAAGAUUGUUGCCAAACGAACUGACAUCAAAACAGACGGAUUCAGCCUAGAAACCUGCAGGAUCAUGGUCAACCUGAUGGAUGACAGUGGGAACGGGAAGCUGGGUCUUGGAGAGUUUGCCACACUGUGGAAGAAGGUGCAGAGAUACUUGUCGAUCUAUAAGCAGAAUGACACGGAUAACUCUGGAACGAUGAGCACUCCAGAGAUGAGGGUGGCCUUUAAAGAUGCAGGUUUCACCCUCAAUAACACCAUCUACCAGCUACUGGUGGCUCGAUACUCCGACCCAGACAUGACCAUCGACUUUGACAACUUUGUGGCUUGUCUGAUGAGGCUGGAGAUGAUGUUCAGAAUCUUCAAGAAACUGGACGCCGACCAGAACGGCUCCAUUGAGCUCGACUAUAACCAGUGGUUAAACUUCGCCAUGAUCUGAACCAGAAAUGUUCUGCAUCACGCCGUCGUAUAUCACCAGCUCCAGCUUCUCUUUCUGAUGCAGUCUUUUUUCAAUAUUAUAUCCUCUACUUUACUACCUGACUGUCACAUAAAGCCAAUAAAUGUUCCAACAACA